UUCUGCUUUCACCAAAAGGUCAUGUCUUAUUGAAAAGCAGAACAUGAAGGCAUAAAUCAUAUUUGAACAUUUGACUGCUGGAUUUCCUAACCAACUAGUCUUUAUUAAAAUGGCACAUCACUACGCUCUGGCUGUGUUCAUCCUGGCCUUCGCUGGAGUCUGGGGCAUGUGUGCAGCUGACGUUGGAGACUUCGCUCCAUGCCUUGAGAAAUUCUUUAGAUCCUGGCCUCCUAAAGGUUUGUUGGGGACCCCGAUCUGCCAACGUUAUAAAAACCAGUACCGCUUUGCCACGCUUUACAGUCGGCCACGCCGCACUCCUUGGUUCUCAGCCUAUUUGUACUCUACACCAGAAGGAAAAAGACCGCAUACAUUUUGGAAGUAUGAGCCCCAGUUAGCCUACCCAGGAGCUGAUGGCAACAUGCUCUCCUUCCCUCUGGGCCAUCUGGAUCAGAACGUGGUAGAAAGCCAAGGAGUGGGGUUGGACUACAUUAACUCCACCUAUUCUCGUGGACACUUGAACCCCAGCCUCCAUCACAAGAGCCAUGAGGACCGCGCAGCUACCUUCACCCUAACUAAUGUGGUUCCUCAAAUGUCAGGCUCUAAUGAUGGGCCGUGGGCUGCAGUGGAGAACACCGUCAACCAAACUUUAGAUGCAUACUGUCUCGGAGACGCUUACGUAGUGACUGGCAUCAUCCCUUACAAAAGCGAUGAGCCCUGGCUCAGGAAUCAUCGCGUAGCCGUGCCUGAGUAUAUUUGGUCUGCAUACUGCUGCCCAAACUACAACAACAGUCUACCAAAAGAACUGAAGGAGGCUUUCCCCACGUAUGCUGCCAUUGGACGCAACGACUGCAACAGCACAGAGGAGAUUGUGCCAGUAAACCAGCAGGCUAAGAAACAGUUCAGAGGGUAUGAUGUCAGAAAAAUGCCACUGGAAACACUCGAGAUGUAUCUGAAGGACAGAUUCAAAACUGUUGUCAGUGUCUUUUACGAGCAGUGCUCUCAAUCCAACUGAUUUUGCAGACACAAAUACACUGAUGGUAUAGCUACAAGAAUUAGAUUUUUUAAUUUUUCUUUCCUUUAAAAGGUCCCCUAUUAUGCUUUUCUGGUUAUACCCCGUCCUUUCGUGUGUUAUGUAGCUUUUUCUGUAAACGGUCUGCAAUGUCACAAAACCUCAAAGUACACCCUGUAGCGAGUAAAACUCUAAAGCAGAAAAGAUUUGUCUAUGCUGGCCUCCCACGCCUCAUUGCAGAUUUUUCUUCUUUUUGCCAAUCGGCACACCCUCUGCCAACCGACCAUGUACUGUUGGAAGGCUGAAAUGUCAAGAAAGUACUGUUCCCUGAAAUGUGAGGGGAAAUGUCAUCUGUUUGCCUUACCGAAGGCACAACCACGAAAACGUCAGUGGUUGAAAUGUAUUUUUAAUACUGUUCAAUGGUUCGAAGUACUGUAGGCCUACUGUGUGCCCGGCAUUUCACGGACGACAGCUUCAAAAACCUUGCACAGGUUGAUGCCGAUAAGCAAGCGUGCAGUACUGAAGGACGAGGCUGUUCCUACUUUGUUUCAGUUCUAACAUUACAUCUGAAAUGUAACACACACUUUCCACUGAGGCUGACGAUACACCAUUUUCAGCUGCCUGACGCUGGCGCACUUUGGCUGCCGCUCUGUUACUGUUGUUGUGUAUGUUUUGCCGUUGAACUACUUUAAUCUGUAGGCUACUGCUAUCCUACUAGGCAUUUGGAUACACCACAUUGAACUAACGAUCCAAAAGACAAUCAUAUUACAGGAUUAGUGUAGAUCGCCAAUCUUUAUACCAAACAUUUCAGCCUCACCUGCUAGCUUGACUCUCCGACAUCCUGCUACCGGUCUACCAUCCGAUUGAACUGUCUUGAACUGUGGUCAUCACGUUGCACACCAACCUCCGUGUUAUGCCAUCGCAAUAAACAGCACGUCAAUCCGUCCAAUCUCCGUCUCCUCCCUCAGUCCUCCAAACCAACCACAACGCAGCGUCACCUGAAACUGUCCCUACUCAACACCCGUUCACUCAGCCAUAAAAGCCUCAUACUGAACGAAUUCAUCACAGACAAUAACCUGGACUUCUUCUGCUUCACUGAAACCUGGACGCACAAACCCCUGGACUCUAAUUCACUCAAUCAGAUUACACCCCCUGGCUUCACAUACAUAAAAAAACUUCGUCCUGAGGGGGUGGGGAGGCGGUGUUGCAGCAGUUUACAGGAAGGACAUUAAAAUAACCACAAUUCCCAUCCCCGCCACUACUUCAUUUGAACACCUCGCCUUUAAACUCUCAGGCUCCAGUCCCCUGGUCACUGCGAUUAUCUACCGCCCUCCUAAACCUAACCCUUCCUUUCUGUCCGACUUCUCUGCUUUCCUGACUCAACUAUGUGCUUUUUCACCAUCCGUUCUCCUCCUAGGGGACUUCAACAUCCACAAACCUGCCACAGAAUUCCUGGAAUUGCUACACUGCUUCAAUUUUACCCAGCACAUCAACUUCCACCCACAGCCAUGGACACAUCCUGGAUCUGGUCUGCUCAACUGGUCUUACAAUUCACCAACUCUCCAGCCUCAACAUCUCUGAUCAUCUGACCAUCACUAUUGAAAUUGACAUACCAGUACCUACACCCAAAGAAAAACAUCAAAUACACUUCAGAAACAUAAAAUUUCUCUCCCCCAACGCUCUCUCUGCUGCCAUCUCUACAAUAUUAUUGGCCGCCCCCCCCCCCCCACUGAUGUCUGAUAAUCCUUCUGAUCUUGUGCACUUUACAACAACAAAUUCUCCUCCUGUCUCGACCAGCUGGCUCCCAUAAAAACCAAAACGGUCACGCUCCAAUAUCUUGACUGGCAAUGAAAACCUCCACCUGCAUCCUGGAUCCCAUCCCCUCCCAUCUCGUGAAGAACUGUCUGUUAACCAUUUCCCCACUAAUUUCAGAGAUCAUCAACUCUCCCCUCAGCUCUGGCUCUGUCCCCCCCUCACUUGAACUGGCUGCUGUCACCCCCAUCCUCAAAAAACCGGGAUUCAACCCAGACAUCAUGUCCAACUUCCGGCCCAUCUCCAAUCUCCCCUUUCUGUCUAAAAUACUUGAACGUGUAGUCUCCAUCCAACCCUUUCAAUCUGGUUUCCGAUCGCAACACCGAACUGAAACAGCCCUACUCAAAAUCACCAAUGAUCUCCUCCUCGCCUCAGACUCUGGACACCUCAGCAUCCUCAUCCUCCUGGACCUCACUGCAGCUUUCGACACCAUCAACCACACCAUUCUCCUCUCCUGGCUCAAAACUUCCAUCAACAUCACUGGUACUGCACUCUCCUGGCUACAGUCUUACCUCACAAACCGACAGCAAUUCAUCAACAUCAACAACUGAACCUCCCCCCCCGCUCCCGUGCCCCAAGGUGUCCCCCAGGGUUCGGUGGUCGGUCUUCUCCUCUUCAUCCUCUACCUCCUUCCCCUCGGUAACAUCAUACGCUGCCACGGCCUCCACUUCCACUGCUACUCUGAUGAUGUGCAACUUUACAUCUCAACUAAAUCCAUCACCACUUCAACCAUCUCAACUCUCACCAACUGCUUCACUGACAUAAAAUCCUGGAUGCAGAACAACUUCCUCAAACUCAAUUGUGAUAAAUCUGACAUGGUCAUCAUCGGUCCCAAAUCCCUCACCAAAAAAUAUAACAACCUAUCCCUCACCAUCGACAAUACCACGCUGACUGCCUCCCCUCACAUCCGAAACCUUGGAGUCAUCUUCGACAGCAACCUCUCCUUUGAGAACCACAUCAAGCACAUCACCAAAACUGCCUUCUUCCACCUCAAAAAUAUAUCCCGUCUCCGCCCAUCACUCUCCUUCUCUGCUGCUGAAACCCUGAUCCAUGCCUUCAUCUCAUCCAGACUAAACUACUGCAACAGCAUCCUUUAUGGUACACCAUCCAGGGGCAGGCGCUCCGACAAGGCGUUAGGACAGAGAGUGAAUAGAGAUACUUUACAGAGAUGCUGCAUGAGAAAACCAAGGUGAUUUUGGAACAUUGAACAGUGUAAAUCUAUUGUAGUACACCUCAACAAUGGAAUUAUGAUCAGCAAAAACAGCUACAAUAUGGAUCCUUUAAUUAAGGCCUAAUAUAAAUACAGUGGCAAUAUUGUUAGUUAAAAGAAGUAGAGACUCACUUUUAAUGACUGUUAUAUCUUGCAAUAGAAACAAAAUAAUAUGUUUAAAAUGUUGGGGGGAUUUAUUGUUAUGAACUAAGAAAACUGCUGAAGCAUUGUUGCACGAUGACCUUUCAUUAAGGUGUGAUUGAUCAAGAAAAGAGGUCCUUCUUUUGAGGAAACUUUCCAAUGGUGAUGGUUUUAUGGAAACAAAUAAUGUUAUACUUUAUUUGUAGCAUUCAUGCUACUUUCAACCUGAUAGGUAGUGUUAAUAAAGCUGGUUUUAAAGGAUUAUUUUUUCUUUAUUCUGAGAAAUACACUUGUUCUUGCUAACAGUAAGAUGAUUGAUAACCUACCACUGUCAUUUGUGUCUGUUUAAUAAAUGGAGCUUGGCGGUAAAACUGGAAACAGCAGGAAAACAGCUAGCCCAGUUCCUUCUUUAAAAACAUCUUUACUUGAUAUUUUUACACUUGGGUUUUCAUCCUGAUCAAAUAAGAAACAUACCACACAUUAAUAUUGGAAGUGCAUUUCGUUAUCACUGAAUAGAGCCAUGCUAGCAUUUUCCCUCUGUUUCUAGUCUUUAUGCUAAGCUAAGUUUGCAGCUUGAUAUUUACUCUAAAGAUAUGGGAGUGGUAUCAAUCUUCUCAUCUAACUCUUGGCAAUAAAGUGAGUUGCUGUUUGUGUAAAAGCUAUAACUUGACCUCAGAUAAUUCUCUUAGCUUAAUAAAGAUUAUAAAUAAUGCUACUCUCACUCUGAUAUACAUACAGUAUACGGUAGCCUAUAUUGUAUAUGAUGGUAUUCUCUUAAUCUUAGUACAAUGUGCAUUGAUACUGAGGAAGGUUUGUAGCGGUAUCCUUGUAACCACUAGAUGGUAACCUUGUGCAAACCUUCUACAUGACAGGCAGCUUUUGCAGGCUGUUCACACACUGUAUGUUUGUUGAAAAAUGUCUUUUAUCUUAUUUUUUACAUAAUCAUGUCAAGGAUAUUUUGUUUUGUAUUAAAAAAAAAAACUACACAUCAA